UUUUCUUUUUCAUUAUAACAAAAAAAAAACCUUAAUUUUCAAUUAACGUUUCUUCUGUUGCAUAUCUGCAUUUACAUCAGCAGUUAAAAUUUCUGUUACUUUUACAGGUCUCUGGUUGAAGUGAUGAAGAUGAAGAUUCUGUUUUUUAAGGAAUAGCUUGUAACCUGAGUUUUCUCUGAAACUUUUAUUACAAGAUAAUCAAGCCAAUGGAGUCCAUUGCGAAUCCUGACAAUUCUGAAGACAAUGUACUGAUUAAAGGAAACAAAAAAGAAAUUGAUAACAAAUUAGCAAGAAUCUUGAAGCUUAUCAGGAACAAUGGACAGGACAAAAAAGGUAAGAUACCAGAGGACUCGAGGAAAAAAUCAGAACUUAUUGCACUCAUUCAUGAGUUUCACAAACAAUACCAGUCACUUUAUACACAGUAUGAUAAUCUCAGAGGAGAUAUGGGGAACAAAGAUCGUACCCGGAAAGAGAAAGAAAGUAUUUCCUCUUCGCCAAGCUCGGAUUCAGAGUAUUACUCGUCCGAUGACAUUGAAAAUGAUAAUCUGAUGAAUAGGCGUAACAAGUCAUCAGAAAGUCUUAAAGCAGAAUUUGACAGUACAGAUUCUGAGGCAUCAGAUAAUUUGAAAUACCUGACGGAUUUUGGUAAAUCGCCUAAGCCCGAUAAUACGAGGAAAUAUCAAAAAAGGGAAAAUUCUCCGCUAGUUAAGGUGCAAGAGGUUCAUGGGAGUCGAGCAUCAGCUGAGAUAAAGGAAUUGGAAGGGCAGUUAACUAAUCAAAGAAUGGAGCUGGAAUCGUUACGCAGCUUAAGAAAUGGAUUCGAAACGCAGAUUGAAGAGAAAGAUUCUGAAAUGAAACGACUACAUGCCCGGAUUUCAGAGCUUGGAAAUGAAAAUUCUGCAAUGAGAUUGAAAAUGAAAGAGAAUGAGACUAAUUUGACAUCUCGGAUACAAAUCCUGACGACAGAGGUUAAAGACCUGCAAUUGGAGAUAGAUUACUUACAGGCUGAGCAUGCUGAAAUGGAAGGAGGCAAAAAAAACAAAAAAGCAGGUAAAUUCAAGGGAUUAAAAGAUCAAGCCAAAAACACGCAGCGCGAAUUGGAAACCCUACGAAGGGAGAAAUCUGAAUUUCAACAUGAGAUGGACGCGAAUUCCAAAGAAAUUUCUGAAAACCUGAGUCUAAUAGAAGCUUUAAAAGAUGAAAUAGCAACAAAGAAUACUCAGGAACAAGCUUUUACAGUGCAGAUUGAUGAACUGAAGUUAGAAGUGAACUCACUCCACGACCAAAACAACGAAUUGGAAGAGAUGUUAAGCAGCAAAAACAAAGAAACCGACGAGUUAACAGAGGAAAAAAGUAGACUGCAAGAUAAAAUUUCGGAAUUGGAGAAAAAUUUAACAGAUAGAGGAAAUGAAUUUUCUGAUAUCGAUAACGAAUCUAAUCAGAUUACAGAACAACUCAGCUAUUUACAACAAGAAUUGGAUUCUUUGAAGGAAGAAAACGUGAGGCUCAAGCAAGACACAACCCAAAAUCAAAAGCAGGUAGAAAACGAAAUCCUGAACUUAACAAGUAAAAUUUCAGAUCAACAGAAGACCCUACAAGAAAAGGAUGACACCAUCAAAAAGUUCGCUGAAGAGAGAAAAUUAAGCAAACAUCAUUCACUAGAUUCACCGAAGCUGCAAUUAGCGUCAGAGUCCCCCAAAUACCGUUCUACGGACUUUUCCAGGUCGAACAACAACGCGUUCGAAAGAAAAAUCGACGAGCUAGCCGACAAGUUCCGGAUGAAAAUGGAUUAUCACAUCCGUCUUCUGUCGAGGAGAAUCCAGGUUGCUGAACAGCUCCAUUCUGAAACUAGAGAAAGCUACAAGCAGGCAGUAGAGAAGAUCGAGCAAGAAAAUAAAGAGCUGCAUGAACAAAACGCUGCAUGUGAAUCUGAACUGAAGAAAAUGAAGCUACUGGAAUCUGAUUUGGAAAAGGAAAAACUAAGGAACCGAUCAGACGGCGGAGGAGUGGCCGGGGAUAGCAAAGUGGAGGAGCUAGAGCAGAAACUGAAAGAGAGAGAUGAAGUUUUGUGGAGUCUCGGAGAGGAGAAAAGAGAGGCGAUCAGGCAGCUUUGUGUGGUGGUUGAAUAUCAUCGGGAACGUUAUGAUCAUCUUAAAGAAGCUGUAUCAAAGAUGCCUAUUAGAUUCAAGAAACCAACUUAAGUGUGAUUUAUUUAUUUUGUUGAGUAUUUUUUGAAGAAUUACAUGUAAAUAACAAUUUUUGUUUGCAUUAUUGAAUAACUAAUUGUAAUUACAA